CUUGGACAUCAAAUUCAAAUGGUUUGCGAAUGCUCAACUAAUUCAGUCUGAAUAGUAUUUUAUCCUUAACAAUGGGAAUUCGUAUAAGAUUAUUUAAUGCUUGCAAAGAAACCAUUUGUCAUAAAUUUUCACCUGCCUUAAUCGUCCAAAACAGGUCUCUACAACAACAGAAUGAACAAUGGCAAACUACUAUUCCACCGAUGACGAUGAAGGAUGUCCAUCAAACACUCAAUAAAUGGAUGGGAUCACGCAUCGGUUGGUUUUCUAGGCCUCGCGACCGAACUCAUCUUCUUCAAUACUUACCUAAAAGCCAAGAUGAUCUCCCACUGAGAUCACUUAAAGAUAGCUACGCAGAGGCUAUCAUACCCCUCAGUUCUGAACCGAAACUACAGAAUCGCUACGUCACUGCCACUGGUAAAUUGAGAAUGGGUCGGAUUAUAGAAGACAUGGAUCUUUUUUCAGUUUAUGUGGGGUUGAGGCAUAUCAAGAACCCAUUGCAGAAAAAAGAUAUUCCUACUCCUUACGUAAUAGUUACCGCUGCCGUUGAUGAUAUUGAAUAUAUAUAUGAAAAACCAGAUGUAACUAGUGACGUGAAAAUUUCUGGUAAAGUUGUCUCUGCCGGAAAUAGCUCAAUGAAUGUAGCAGUUGAAUUGGCAUACAUGCAGAACAAACAAUGGGUAAAGAUGGCAAAAGCCAAUUUCAUGAUGGCUGCAAGGAACUCAAACUUGUCUGGACCCGCAUACGUGAAUAAGCUCAAGCCCGACGGCCCGGAGGAAGAAAAGGAGAUGAAGGAUGCUUUAGAGACUAAGAGGAAGAAAAUAGAACAUGAUAAAUAUUCAUUGCUGGUAGUUCCUCCUUCUGAUGAAGAACAGAAGCUCAUUCAUGAGAACUUUGUUAAGUCAGUCGACAUGCAAGACCCAACGAUCAACAAGAGGAUACUUCCUUCUGGUCACGUCUGGAUGGAGGAUACCAGAUUAAACACCUCCAUCUUCCCUCACCCAGAGAAUAGGAAUCACCAUAACACUGUAUUCGGUGGCUACUUGAUGAGGCUCGCUAUGGAACUGGCCUGGAUGACAGCUUACAUUCACAGCAGUCAGAGACCGAGCCUUCGAUACGUGAGCAACAUAAGUUUCAGGAAACCUGUUAAACUUAAUUCAUUUUUGAAAAUAAUGAGUCAGGUGAUUUAUACGUACGAUAAAUAUAUGCAGAUUGCCGUCUUUAUAGAGCUCUACGAGAUGGCUACCAAGCAAGUGCUGACAACAAACUCGUUCCAUUUUACUUACGAAGUCCCUGAACCAGUCGCGCCAGUCAUGCCGAAAACUUAUCAUGAAAAUAUUUUUUUCAUUGAAGGGAGGCGGCAAGUACUUAUAUUUUUGAAGCCUGGAAGACUUAAUUAAAUAAUAAAUAAAAUGUAUUAUAAUUAAAGAAUUUUUCUAUAAAUAUGGUUGUUGUUCUUUACAUUGCAGAGGCGAUCUUGUGGCUGGAGGGCAGAAGACAUUUGGCUAGAUUCCAGCGUAGGCCAAUAUGCUAAAGAUAAUUCUAGCACAGAGCUUUCAUCAUUCAAUGUCAAAAGGCUGUAGUUAGUAUUAGUAACGUAGUAAGAAUGAUAUAGUUACUAUUAAUGAUAUAGUUAAAUAUAAUAGUUACCUAUUGGCUGUGGGUAUACAUGCCCAAUCAUAAGUAUAUGAUAUGUAUGAUUUGGUAGGUUUAAUUUAAUUUUGAAUGUAUUAGCCUCAUUGACGAUGUAAAAGUGAUACACUUUAUCUAGCACAUAAUUUUCAAGAAAGUUCUUUAUUUUAUAAGUUUUUAAAUGUUGUAUAAAUAAUUUAUAUUUAUUACAAUUUUAUUAAUUAUUGACAUGAAUAGAAUUAAUUGUUAUUUUAUAAAAUAAUUUUAACUCUUAAGAUCUGGU